GACUCGUUCAACUUGCCCUUGGAGUUGCAGGGCGGAAUCGGCAACAUCUCGUCCAGGAGACCCAGCUACGCUGCCGAGUCGUUCACCAGAUCCAACUUCCCGCCAUUGAUCAACAAUCCCCUGCUCAACGUGGACCAGUCGCCCCAAGUGGGUCCCACAAAGGGCUCGUCCUUCUUCGGUGCCAACCAGAGCCCCAGCAAGCCGGUGUCGGCACCUCACAAUCCUUCCAAGAACUUGUCCUCAUACGCCAUGUUGAAUAACUACAAUCAAAACUUCAAUUUUGACCAGUUAAACGACAACUUUGCCAACUUCAACUUGAAUUCCAACUUCAACGACUUCCAGGCCAGACGACCAAGUCAAUUGGUCGAUUUCCAGCAGCCCCAAUUCUCGCCACACCUUCAGCAGCUGUUCCAGUCUUUGGGACAAGCAAAUCAGUACAACCAGGCAAUCAAAUUGGAGAACGGACUAGUUUUGAAGGACCAGUACAUCAUUGCUUCUCCUGACUUGAAGAGCCUUUACUCCAAGACUACCAAGUACUUCCAAGACCCUGAAAUCACCAGUCAAAUCCUCUCCCAGUUGUAUCAACUAUUGGCUGACCCAAGUGUGAUAAAGAUGAUUACAUUCAUCAAAAACUUGAACAAUUUAACAUUCAAUCAUAAGAUUCUUUGCCUUGUGAUUAACAAGAAUGGUAAGUUUGACUUGUUAUCUUAUCCAAACAACUCAAACAUAUUUUUACAAAAGGAUGAUCUUGUCAUCGUAGACGGUGAUAGAGGUAAGGACUCGGUAAUGAUAGUGGAACCUUUAGUCAAUUUGAACUUUGCAAUUCUCUUCAACUUCCUCAAAAAGUUGGAACAUCUCAAGAGUUUAACUAUAGAAGAUGGGAAUCAGCAUGGCCAUGGCCAUGGCCAGAAAUCCAAUGGAACCCAUUCAGCUUCUUUGAAUGCUUCACAAAUCAUAAACUCUCACCCUGGCGAAGACAAUGAAUUUAUCAUCACUUUACCCACCAAGCAGGUAUUAAGAUUUGCCACACCAAAGGAAGUUCAUAAAAUCAGUGGCAAGUUCUUAGAGGAGAAGAAAGCCUUUAUUACUUGUUUCAACAAGAUUAAGGAAUUGAAUUUGGAGAAGGACCUCACGUUGAUAAAUGUUGAGUAUCAGUCAGAUUUUAAGAAAUUGAUUUUCUACUACUUCGCCAAUUUUAAAAGAAUUGAUUUCAGGGGAUUGAUCAAGGAGUUGUUCAAGAUUUACAAGACUAGAAUCUGGUUAUGUGCGGUCUUGCCUUACGAUAGACCAGAGCUUUAUAUUAAAAAGAAUGAAAGCUCAAAACCAAAAGGACAAGGCAAGGGAAAGACUGAAGAGAGUACCGCCAAAUCGCAACCUCAAGCACAGAGCCAAGGUAACGAAUCAGCAAAUCGAAUCCCAAGGGAGUAUGACCUUAGCAAUGAUCAAAUUUUAAAUUUCCUGAUUAACGAAUUUGAUCACUUAUCAGAGCCUAAUUACUUCCACCUGGUGAACUUAUUGAAUCUUCUUAAGUCGUUGUCUUCAGAGGUCGACGGUCACUUUUACGGUUUCAACACUGGUGGCAAUAGGUCCUCUGUUGUUGGUUCUAGUGCACCAUCCAACUCUGUUGGUGCGGAUCGAAGCAAGAUUUUACCUAGCUUCAACCCAUUUGGCGAUAGC